AUGCACGGACUUUUGUUCGCCGGGCUCGCGGCAGCCUUGCCAUUGGGCGUAUUUGCUCACCCAGCUCGCCCACAAUCUGCUCUCAGCCCACGCGGUAUCGAUGUCAACGCAUAUCGAUUCACCUCCGCAGCCAAGUACUCUGAGCACAAGACCACUUCCCAGAUGACCCACGCCUUCACCUACUCCAAGGAUGAUGACUACGUCUCCACUGCCACCAAGCUGGUCAAGAGCACUUUCCCCAACAUGACCUUCCGCACCGUCAAGGACCACUACAUUGGCACCAACGGAAUCGGUCACGUCCACUUCAAGCAGACCGCCCACGGCCUCGACAUCGACAACGCCGACUUCAACGUCAACAUUGGACGUGAUGGCAAGGUCUUCACCUUCGGAAACUCCUUCUUCGAGGGAGAGAUCCCAAAGACCAACCCAAUGGUCAAGCGUGACUUCUCUGACCCCGUCAAGGCUCUCCACGGAGCUAUCAAGACCUUGAAGCUCCCAGUCAAGCCAGAGAGCGCUAAGGCUAUGCCAAUGGACGGAACCGAGUCCUUCAAGUUCGAGGGUACUUCCGGUGCUCUUUCUGAGCCAAUGGCCAAGCUUGUCUACAUCCAGAAGGAUGGCAAGCUUCACCUCACCUGGAGAGUCGAGACCGAUGUCGGUGACAACUGGCUCCUCUCUUACGUCGACUCCAAGGAGUCCGAGAAGGUCCACAACGUUGUCGACUACGUUGCUUCCGCCGACUACAAGGUCUUCGCCUGGGGUCUCAACGACCCAACUGAGGGUCAGCCCUCCAUGAUCAAGGACCCAUGGAACACCACCGGCUCCGGCUCUCCAUUCACCUGGCACGGAGACGGCCAGAUGGACUACACCGUCACCCGCGGAAACAACAUCGCCGCUCAGGACAACCCAAGCGGUGGUGAGCAGUGGGAGAACAACUACCGCCCCGACAGCCCCGAACUCAGCUUCGUCUACGACUACAGUGAGCAGAUGAGCCCAGAGGACUACAAGGACUUCGCCAUCACCCAAUUGUUCUACACCACCAACACCUUCCACGAUGUCCUCUACGCUCUCGGUUUCACUGAGGAGGCUGGUAACUUCCAGGCCAACAACGGUGACAAGGGUGGUGCCGGCGAGGACUUCGCCAUCUGCAACGCCCAGGACGGCUCCGGUACCAACAACGCUAACUUCGCCACUCCCCCAGAUGGCCAGAACGGCCGUAUGAGAAUGUACACCUGGACCACCGCUCAGCCAAACCGUGACGGUGAUCUCGAGGCCGGUAUUGUCAUCCACGAGUACGCCCACGGUCUUUCCAACCGUCUCUGUGGUGGCCCAGCCAACUCCAACUGCUUGAACGACCUUGAGGCCGGUGGUAUGGGUGAGGGAUGGGGUGACUUCUAUGCCACUGCCAUCCGUCUGAAGCAGGGAGACACUCACGACACUGACUACACCAUGGGCGAGUGGGCUGCCAACCAGAAGGGCGGUAUCCGUGAAUACCCAUACUCUACCAACAUGCAGACCAACCCCUACACCUAUGCUGAUGUGCAGGGAAUGAGCGAAGUCCACGGCAUCGGUACCGUCUGGGCCACCAUCCUCUACGACGUCCUGUGGAACUUGAUCGAUGAGCACGGCAUGAACCAGAACAUCAUGCCAAAGAUGGUCAACGGUGUCCCAUCUGAUGGCCGCAACCUCGCCAUGAAGCUCGUCCUCGACGGAAUGACCCUCAUGCCAUGCAACCCCAACUUCAUGCAAGCCCGUGACGCUAUCAUCGAUGCCGAUCAAGCUCUCACCCAGGGACAGAACAAGUGUGCUCUCAUGAAGGCCUUCGCCAAGCGUGGUCUCGGAAGCAAUGCUAAGCAUGGAUCCAAGCGCGUCAACAGCUUCGACGCCGGCCCAGGCUGCUAA